ACGCAGUUCUCAGAAGAGUUUCGCCCAGUCCCCAACUUCUUUUGCCACUACUAUCAAAUUGCUAAAAUUUAUUCUUUCCAUAAUCAGUUUUUUGUGCGCAAUCAACCACAAUGGAACUGCUCGAUGAGGAAACCCUUAAAAUUCUGCAGAACGCUUUCAAAGCCUUCGAUACAGACAAUAGCGUCUUGACAGAUGAUAUUGGCACAAUUCUUGAAAUGCUUGGACACAAGCUUGAUGAUCAAUCACUCAAAACUCUGAUCAGAACUCACGAUCCACGCAGAACAGGUAAGUUGAACUUCGAACAAUUUUGCGCUCUGGCCGGUGUUUAUGUGGACAUUGAGGAGGAUCAAGAUGCGAUCCGUGAGGAAUUGAGAGAAGCAUUUCUACUGUAUGACAAGGAGAGACUUGGAUACUUAACAACUGAAGUCCUGAGAGAUAUCCUUCAUGAGCUCGACGAUAAGAUAAGCGAUGAAGAUCUUGACAUGAUGAUCGACGAAAUUGACGCUGAUGGCUCAGGAACAGUCGAUUUCGAAGAAUUUAUGGAAGUGAUGACUGGCUAAUAUUGUUAAAUGAACGCUUUUUGCGGUCCAUCAAAAUUAACAUGUUUCACAAAAGUACGCGACAUAAAUAAGCUUGUAAGGAUGAAAUGGGAGGCGAAAUAAAAAAAAAAUAGUUGAA